AGUCGGCGGCACCUUCGUCCAUCGCCGCGCUCCCGCGUCUCACGGUUCACAAAAGAAGACAUGCAAUUUCGUCAAUGGCGAUGACUCCCCGGAUUCGAGGGGACGAUGGGGUGUAAUCCAAGUGGUCCAUGUCGCUCACCGCCUCGCUCAAAGCUCACCCGCUGCCGACUGAUGACUGGGCGCCUACUGAUUUUCCCAUCAUCUACUUCGGCCCACGCCCUUUACGGCACCGCCGCUGCGGCCUGGGAAGUGUGUCGUAAUCCGAGGUGCGCGGGUGCAGUGCAGCUCAUUGCAAGCUCAUUGCACGGGCACUCGUGGAUCUCACUGAAGGGAAACGCGCUCGGGGACCUUGCCAGCUUCACCGCCUUGGAGCCCUUCGUCCCCCUCCCCAAGCGACAUCCAUCAAGCCGCCGACCCCACCUCCACCGCCGCUGUCGCGUCACACACAAUAAGCGCCACACGCGAUACGCCAGGACCAGCGCCCCUCCAUUGCGAUCCCACGCCUUGUAUCUUCUAGAGCCCGGCCGGCGCCCGUCGUGCAGGGUCCCGCCGUCGAAGAGCGCGUACCUCGUGCCGAAGGGGACCGUACCUCGUGCGCAUGAUGUCAUAUUCGCGGAGUUCGCUCAAGAGAUCCACUGUGCGCCGCACGAGGCAACGCUGUAGCGAUUUGAAUAUACUUACAGCAUCGAACAAUAAGCAAGCGGACCAUUCGCCGCAACGCGAGGGACCUGGGCUUUCCUACCGUCGAAGAUUCCUCCUUUCGUUGGAGUGGUCUGAGGGCAGAGGGAGGGACGACCGCCUAUCCAUCGCCAACUAGUAGAUGAUCAUCUCGCCCCUCGUCUAUGUCGCGGCAGCGGGAGCUGCCACAGCAGUCAAGAAAGGCAGAACACCGUUCAAGAAUUCGCCGAGAAGCACCCCCUUUCUCGUUGCGAUGCGGAGCUAGUGUUUGAAUCGAGCUGUGCGAAGGGAUAAGCGCCAGGACUCGGUA